AUGAGCUUGGAGUUAAACCAAAACGGAGCUUCUCACGUCGUCCAUAUCUCUGACGGACCGCCACCCGAUUUCAUCGAGUACUCUACCGCUGGGCCCACGGUUCAAGGAGAGAUGAAGUAUUUGUGCAGCGGUAUACCUCCAUUUGAUGCGAUGCUUGAGAAACCCAAUGCCGGAACUCUUUUCAUGAAAAUUCCAAAGGAUAUAUUGGAAUUUCACAAAAAUCCAAUACCUUUUGAAUUGAUGGUCUUCAUCCGGGCGAAACUGAUUGACGUCAAGCAAAGCCUUGAUAUAAUUCCAGUUAUGUGCGACUCGAUGUUGCCCACAAACACUUGA